AGCAAAGCAAAUCCUCAAAAUUCCGGAACACAGCCAAAUACUCGUCACGAACCGGACGAAGAAACAAACAGACACUCAAAACUCAACCACUUUGUCUCACUUCCACAGCCGGAGCCACCAAGGAAACUACAGCCGCUCCACGGCCGUCGGCUAACGACCGCCACACACGGUGAGUCCUAUGACCCAAUCCCGAUUCCAGUUAAGCCGGACGACGGACGCUGACGACGAAGCCCGGAACCAGGUUUCCACCGGCGGCGGAGGGACGGCCAUGAGGCUGAUAGUGCCAUUACAAGGCGUGGUUCAGGGAAGGGGCGGCCUUAUAUUGGGCUCGCUCAUUCCUUGUGCUCUAUUCUACUUCCUCCAAGUCUACCUCAAACGACACCGUUCGCCGCCAAAGUCUCCCUCGGACAUCGGCGAGCUGUUGCGAACGGCAUCGCGCUCGAAUCUUGCGAGAAGCGCAUCGGUUGGGCGAGCUCACGUUUCGUCUAGGGCAAGUUCGAUUGCCAAGUCGAACGAUUCGCCGUAUUACAUUGGGUUGGAUAGGGUUAGGGAAGAUGCCUAUGACGAAUUGAAGAACCCUAACGGCAUCGUUCAGCUCGGAUUGGCGGAAAAUAGGCUUUCUCUGGAUUUGAUUGACCAUUGGCUUUUGCAAAAUUUGAAUGUUUCGAUGCUCGGAGGAGGUGGUGAUGAUUUGGGGAUUAGUGGAAUUGCUACUUACCAGCCUUCUGAUGGACUGUGGGAAUUGAAAGUGGCAAUGGCAGGUUUCAUGUCCCAGAUAAUGGGAGGAGCAGUGUCUUUUAACCCAUCACAAUUAGUACUAACAGCUGGUGCCACUCCUGCAAUUGAGAUACUCUGCUUUUGUUUGGCAGACCAGGGGAAUGCAUUCCUUGUUCCCGCACCAUACUAUCCUGGUUUUGAUAGGGAUAUAAGGUGGCGUACAGGGGUAGAACUUAUACCUGUUCACUGUCGUAGCUCUGACAACUUCACCUUAAGUAUAACAGCUCUUGAUCAAGCCUUCAACCAGGCAAGAAAACGGGGACAAAAAGUUCGUGGAAUUCUCAUCUCAAACCCUUCUAAUCCUGUUGGCAGUCUUCUGACUCGAGAAACACUCUACAAUCUCUUAGAUUUUGCCAGAGAGAAGAACAUCCAUAUCAUAUCUGAUGAAAUAUUUGCAGGGUCCACCUUUGGAAGUGUUGACUUUGUAAGCAUGGCUGAAAUUCUGGAUUCUGAAGAUGUUGACAAGAACCGGGUUCAUAUAAUAUAUGGGCUGUCCAAAGACCUGUGUCUCCCGGGCUUUAGAGCUGGGGUUAUCUAUUCCUUGAACGAACAUGUUUUGACAGCUUCCAAGAGGUUGACUAGAUUUUCUUCAAUUUCAGCACCAACCCAGCGGCUACUAAUUUCAAUGCUCUCUGAUUUGCGGUUCAUGAAGGAAUUCAUUGAGACCAACAGAAAGAGGGUACAAUCAACGUACAAUUUGUUUGUGGCAGGUUUGAAAAAAUUGGGGAUUGAGUGUGCAAAGAGCAGUGGUGGUUUUUGCUGCUGGGCUGAUAUGAGUGGAUUUGUUCGACCUUACAAUGAAAAAGGAGAGCUUGAGUUGUGGGAGAGACUUUUAAAUAUAGCUAAGAUCAAUGUAACUCCUGGGUCAGCUUGCCACUGCAUUGAACCAGGGUGGUUCAGAUGUUGUUUCGCUACAUUAUCAGAGAAGGAUAUUCCUGUAGUUAUGGAACGGAUUAGGAGGGUUGUUGAUACUUGUAAACCUCCCACUUGAAAAUGUGAAAUUUCUGGGUCUUAACUAAUCUUUCUGAUCGAAGAUGGCAUUGUUCUACAGCAUAUAACAAAUAGGUGCUAGAGUAGCAGCAGAUGAACAGUCAAACGUUCCAUUGAAAUAAAUAUUCAAUUUGAUGAAGUUCUUCCGGAUGUUGAGAAGUCGGAUUGUGGAAUUAAUAAAGUUGUUACAUUGCUGUGCGCAGAAAUGAAAAGUUUUAACAGUUCACAAAGUCAUGGUUGAAAAAGCCAACUAGGUGUGGGGUGAUUUUAAGCCAUCAGGCAUGGGUUUUUUCUACAUCAGUUUCAGUUGCAGCUGCCUCUUCCACUUCUGCUGCAGUUCUGCAAUCUUCUUGUUAAGUCCGAAGGUGCAGCAUCCAACUGCUGUCUCCCUCAUAGAUUCCUGCCACUUUACAAUCAGGCAAGAAAUGGAUGUAUUAUCAAAUUUCAUGUGCAAACAACUGGUGCUUGCAUGUAAUUGUUGUUUCUAUGAUGUAUAAAUGAACUGGAGGGGAGUAAGACACAGGCUUUCAUUUUUACUUUUCACAGGACUCUUAUGUUCAUUCGACAUUGCCUCUGGUUUCCAGGUACAGAAACCAUUUAUAGUUGCCGGUAUUAAUCAACACAAGUUAUGAAGAGUUCAAGAAUUACCAUGGAGAGGUUCUGCAUCUGCAUUUGAACAACUUUUCUUUGGUUACUCCUCUUCCGGCUCAUCAUUAUCAGCUCACCAAGUGUAAAUGGCCUUCUUACUGCAACACUGCGAUUGCUUUCCCCGUCAAAGUAUUUCUUUAGUACUUCCACUUGAGUAUGAGUUCUUUUCUCUGAGCUUCCAUGCUUGUCAAGAAAGCUUGAAUGGGGUAAUAACAAGGGAAAUAGGUGCUCCAAAAAAGAUGUUCCAACUAGGCUUCUUGUUCCAGUUGCAUAGCUGCUUGUACUGCUGUCGGUUUCAGAAGCAGGCGAGGAAGGCGCACUUUCAGUUUCGUUCUCCAUCGAAGAAGACUGCAACGCUGGAACAGCACUAGAAACAGCCACAGUUGAUAUAAGGCCAUUGGCUUCCAGAGAUUGAGCCGAGCAGAAGGAUUGAUCAGUUUCAAAACCACAUGCUUCAAGAUCUGAUUCAGGAUUAAUCCCGUAAAUUUUGUCCACGCUUCUGUUGUCAUCGCCAAAGCUACCUUGCCCGUUGUCGUUGUCGUUGUCAUCAUCAUCAUGAAUGUCUCGAGAGCGUACCAAAUAAGAUUCUAUAGCAUCGAGCUUUUCUUGUGGGAGGUGAAAUUCCGAUUCUGGUUGGGGCUUGGAAAAGGAGGGAAAGGGUUUCCCAGGCUUUUCUUCCCACUCGAAGGGAACUGAAGCGACGAGCUUGACUGGAGGUGGAGUAACUGGAUUAGCUGUUCGAGUGCUCGGUUUCCAGUCCUUUUUUGGCGUUCCUGGUUUUUCUUCCCAGAGAAAUGGCACAGAAACUGGUUGCCUGGGCUGCUUUCUGCUGCCACGAUCCGGGGUUACAGUCACAGUCUCAGCCAUUGCCCGGUAAAAUUUAGCACUCCAUAGACAUAAUCUCACUUGCAUUGUGCAUAUAUAGGGUGUAGUCAAGUGGAUUAGAAACAGUUUCUUCUGUCUGACCUUAGAUGCUAACUGCACCAUUUCAUCUUGGUGAUUAGGUUCACCUAACCAAGGCAAAAAAUUUAGUAGUUUCAUGCUUGUCGGGCAAUGCAAGUCCAAUCUAAUUGGAUUUUGCAAGUUUGAUUUUGUUGUUUCUGUUUUUUCUGUCAAGUUUGAAGAGAGAACAUAGACAAGGUCGUUUGAUUUUUUUUUCUUUUUCAUGAUCUGUAUUUGUUUCA